AUGUCGAUCAUCGAGCAUGUGGUGUUAUUCAAGGUCAAAGAAGAUGUUGCACCGUCGGAGGCAGAUACCAUGGUGGAGCGUAUCAACUCCCUAGCCUCGCUGGAACAGCUGCUUCACCUUACCGUGGGGCCAUUAUUUCGCAUCCGAACCUCCCCCCCUUCGUUGAAAUUCACUCACUUCUUCCACACGCGUUUCAACUCCAUGGACGACCUCCGCUCCUAUGUGGCGCACCCAGCCCACGUGGCCGUCGUCAAGGCCAACACGCCCUUGGUCGACGACGCCAUGGCCCUUGAUUGGCUCGCCGAGGUUCCCGGCGGCACCGUGCCGCCGCCGGGCUCCGCCUUGCGAGUCACGUUCUUCAAGUUGAAGGAGGGUGUUGAAGAUCGUGUAAAAGAUGAGAUUGUGGGGGCCAUGAGAGGAUUUCAGCGUGAGUUCAAACAGGCCAUUCAGCUCACUUGCGGGGGAAAUUUCUCUCCCGCGAGAGCCAAAGGGUUCUCCAUUGCUUCCCUUGAAGUUUUUCCUGGAUUAAGCGAACUAGAGGCAGCGAAGGAGCUAGGGGACUAUCAUAAGAAUGAGAAGAUCAAGGAGCAUCUCGAGAGUGUGAUGGUGCUUGAUUAUGUGGUACCAUCAUCAUCCAAAGCGCACUCAGCAUCUUAA